GUCUUUCCAACGGUCCUGAAGCAAUGGAAGUAGAUGGUCUCCAGGAAGUUCCCCUCUGUAGCUGUCGAAUGGAAACCCCCAAAAGCAGAGAGAUCACCACGCUAGCCAACAACCAGUGCAUGGCCACGGAGAGCGUGGAUAACGAGCUGGGCCGAUGCACAAACAGUGUGGUUAAGUAUGAACUGAUGCGCCCGUCUAACAAAGUCCAGCUUUUGGUGCUGUGUGAGGACCAUAGAGGGAGGAUGGUGAAACACCAGUGUUGCCCUGGCUGUGGAUACUUUUGCACUGCAGGCACUUUCAUGGAGUGUCAGCCCGAGAGCAGCAUCUCCCACCGGUUCCACAAGAACUGUGCCUCCCAGGUCAACGACAUGAGCUACUGCCCACACUGUGGGGAAGAGGCCUCCAAGGCAAAGGAGGUGACAAUAGCAAAAGCAGACACGACCUCGACGGUGGCGCUGACCUACGAGCAGCAGAAACCAGCAGCUGUGGAGGGAAGGGCUGACACCACGACGGGGAGUGGCACUGGGACACGGUUGUCAGAGGAAGACAAGCCAGAGAGUUCAGCUGCUGAGGGCUUUGACAUCGCUGGGUCUGCAGUUUUUCCAAAGCCCACUACUAGCCAAGGACCAGUUAAAGAAACUCUGGAAAGUGCCCUGUUUGCCCUGGACUCUGAAAAACCCAAGAAGUUACGGUUCCAUCCAAAGCAGUUGUACUUCUCUGCGAGGCAAGGAGAGCUGCAGAAAGUCCUGCUUAUGUUGGUGGAUGGAAUUGACCCUAAUUUUAAAAUGGAGCACCAGAGUAAGAGGACCCCUCUCCAUGCUGCCGCCGAGUCUGGCCACGUGGACAUCUGCCACAUGCUCAUCCAGGCUGGUGCUAAUAUAGACACUUGCUCUGAAGACCAGAGGACCCCACUGAUGGAAGCAGCAGAAAACAACCAUCUGGAAACUGUGAAAUACCUUAUCAAGGCUGGAGCACUAUUAGAUCCUAAGGAUGCGGAGGGCUCCACGUGUCUGCACUUGGCUGCCAAGAAGGGGCACUAUGAUGUUGUUCAGUACCUCCUCUCCAACGGGAAGAUGGAUGUCAACUGCCAGGACGACGGAGGCUGGACGCCGAUGAUCUGGGCCACCGAGUACAAGCAUAUUGAGCUGGUGAAGCUGCUGCUUGCAAAGGGGUCAGACAUCAACAUCCGUGACAAUGAGGAAAAUAUUUGUUUGCACUGGGCUGCUUUCUCUGGCUGUGUCGACAUAGCAGAGAUACUGCUGGCUGCUAAGUGUGACCUGCAUGCAGUGAACGUCCACGGGGACUCGCCCCUGCACAUCGCGGCCCGAGAGAACCGCUACGAGUGUGUGGUUCUCUUUCUUUCCCGUGGCUCGGAUGUCACUUUAAAGAACAAGGAAGGGGAGACUCCACUGCAGUGCUCCAGCCUUAACUCUCAGGUCUGGGUGGCCCUACAGAUGAACAAGACCCUCAAAGAAUCAUCUACUGAAAAGCCUGCCCAGAUAGAGAAGGUCGUGAGCAGAGACAUCGCCCGGGGCUACGAGCGGAUCCCCAUUCCCUGUGUCAAUUCAGUGGACAGUGAGCCCUGUCCUAGCAACUACAAAUACGUUUCUCAGAACUGUGUCACCUCCCCGAUGGACAUUGACAGAAACAUCACUCACUUACAGUAUUGUGUGUGUAUAGACGACUGCUCCUCCAGCAACUGCAUGUGUGGCCAACUCAGUAUGCGCUGCUGGUAUGAUAAGGACGGCCGACUGCUGCCCGAGUUCAACAUGGCUGAGCCACCACUGAUCUUUGAGUGUAACCACGCGUGCUCGUGCUGGCGAACCUGCAGGAACCGCGUGGUGCAGAACGGGCUCAGGGCUCGGCCGCAGCUCUACCGGGCCGUGCGGACGACGCAGGACAUCCCUCUGGGAACCUUCGUGUGCGAGUACGUUGGUGAGCUGAUAUCCGACUCCGAGGCAGACGUCCGUGAAGAGGACUCCUACCUCUUCGACCUUGACAACAAGGAUGGAGAGGUGUACUGCAUAGAUGCCCGUUUCUAUGGCAACAUCAGCCGCUUUAUAAACCACCUCUGUGAGCCAAACCUCAUCCCAGUGCGUGUCUUCAUGUCGCACCAGGACCUGCGCUUCCCCAGGAUCGCCUUCUUCAGCACCAGGCACAUAGAGGCCGGAGAGGAGAUCGGCUUUGACUACGGAGACAGGUUCUGGGACAUCAAAGGCAAAUACUUCAGCUGUCAGUGCGGUUCACCCAAGUGCAAACACUCGAGCUCAGCGCUGGCCCAGCGGCAGGCGAGCACCUCGGCCCAGGACACGCAGGAAAACGGGCUCCCCGACACCAGCUCUGCCAGCUCUGCCACGGCAGCCGGCCCCUUUUGAGGCUCUGCUCCCCAGAGACUGACUUGUUUUAACCCUAUAGAUUCACAUACUGUUUGAAUUUCCAUUUAAUGAGAAAAAA